GUCAAGAAUUACACGCACAUUCUAUACGUUUAUAUGAAAGAAAAAGACAGUUAAAAAGCGAAUCAUAUCUGCAUAAUUGCAUCUGAUCUCAUGUCGGUGUCUCCUUAAUCCUUAAGUAUUUCUUAUCAAAAAAUUUGUGGCUAUUAAUAGAAGAGAACUAGAGAGGACAAACAAAAUAUCCCAAAAUUGCAGAACCAGCUUCUUUCUUCCGAAGAGAAACCAAAAACAAAAGAAAAUGGAAAUGGUGACAAGUUUUGUAUAUCCACCACCUCCAUCAAUAUUGCUCAAUUGUAUGAGCGUCGUUGGUGUAGCUGCUCUGGCCAAUAUCGGUUGGUCUGAAAUCAGAGGAAAUCAUCUCAAAUACUCCAAAUUCGGCGUAUCAUCAUCAUCACCACAACCACAGAAGGAGCGAUUCGGCAGCAUCUCAAGCCGAAAUGGAAUGCUUUUGCUAUACACACCUGCGUUUCUAGCAGCUGCGUCUUCUUUCUUCGUCGUACCUUCUGAUGAUCUCAGGUUUCUUCUUCUCAAAUCCGCACUUGCCCUCCAUUUCUUCAAGAGGGUAUUCGAGGUUCUGUUCAUACAUAAAUACAGUGGAGGGAUGGCUAUAGACUCAGCUCUCACCAUAAGUAGCAGCUAUUUCUCAUCCACAGCAUUGAUGUUAUACAGUCAAAAUCUCACCUUGGGACUUACCGAGCCGAGUUUCGAUAUGAAACUCGCCGGAGUUGUGAUGUUUGUGGUGGGAAUUGUUGGGAAUCUGUAUCACCAUGUUUUGCUGGCUAAGCUAAGGAAAGAAGAUGGGAAGAAAGAGUACAAGAUACCAAAAGGAGGUCUCUUUGAUAUAAUCAUAUGCCCUCACUAUCUAUUUGAGAUCCUUGUGUUUUGGAGCUUCUUUCUCAUCUCUCAGACCAUUUAUUCAUUUUCUUUCGCUAUGGGAACAAUGCUCUAUCUCAUUGGUCGGAGUUAUGCUACAAGAACUUGGUAUCUUUCCAAGUUUGAUGACUUCCCCAAGCAUAUCAAGGCUCUCAUUCCCUUUGUAUUCUAGAGUUUUGUUGUUGUUGUUUCAAGUGUCUGAAUAAAACUAAGAGACCUUAUAGGUUCAUUUGUUUAAGUUGAAUUUAAUAAUAAAUCAUUAGAAAUCAUUGAAUCA